AUUAAAUUAAUUGCUCAAGGAAAUAAUACACAAUUACAAAAUAAAGUAUUAAAUUCUAUUAUGCCAACCUUUCAAGUUUUUGAAUCUAUUAAUGAUCAAAUAGAUAAAGCUAUUACUCCAUUACAAAUACCUUUAUAUCAACAAUUAACUCCAA